GAGGAACCGGAAACGAGAACAAACUUUUCCCGGUCAUUUUACGCAGCUAAAGUUGUUUAGUAUUUUCUCUUAUUUAGACACCAACACAUUAAAGAACACGUCUACAACCUGUAAAAACCAUCCCAGCGAGGAAAGUCGUGAGGUUAGCGAGCUAUUUAUUGGCACGCUUGCUUAGCGGCACAUAGUUAGUGAUUAUAGCGUAACGUUAACCGGCUGGCCAGGUAUCAACAUAGACAGUCAGUGCACUUGUUGGUGAUACGUGGAUUCAACCUGAAGAUACUUUCUCAUGUUUUAGAUUUCAACAUGUCCUUGAGUGCAGUCCACUCCACACUGUCCAGUCUGAAAACAUGUCAGGCAGAUAUUGGAACGGGGAUGGACAUCGUGACCGACGUCGCUCUGGACGUGGCAGAAACAGCAGGAACUGAGAAUGAUGCAGUCCUGAAGAAGCUGGAGGUGAUGAUGCUGGAGUGUGCCAAACUGGACCAGGAGAUCAACUGCUUCGUUGAGGUGGUGAACUCUGUCACUGCAGAGGUGAGAAACCAGGAGCCCGAGGCCAUGUUCAGACUGAAGUCUCUGGUGAAGGAGAAGUUCACUGAGAGACACGGCAGUCUGUCUGAGGGAGAGCUACAGAACCACGUCAAGCUGGUCAGCUUUAAGGAGAACGUCAGAAACGCACUCAAAACAGUGAACCCUGAGGCAGCAGAUAAUAUGGAGGAGGAGCUAGAUGAGGAUGUUGCUGUGACGCAGAGUGAGGUUAACUUCACCUGUCCCCUGACUCAGGUGGAGAUGGUGAACCCAAUGAAGAACAAGAAGUGUAACCACCACUACGACCGGGACGCCAUUAUGGGGAUGAUCAAGGCCAGGCAAAACCAGAAGAAGAAGUUACGCUGUCCGGUGGUUGGCUGUGGCAACACGGACGUGAAGCAGGGAGACCUGAUCCUAGAUCAGAUUAUGAAGAGACAGAUCCAGAAGAGGUAGACUACCAAAGCCCACUGUUCCCCGGUAGACCGUCAUUGUAAAUAAUAAUUUGUUCUUAACUGACUUGCCUAGUUAAAUAAAAACAUUUAAAAAUCCUAUGCCUUUGGUGUUGAGAACCUGCAGUUACUGUAAUAGACCACUGGGGGGCAGUGUCGUCCCUGGAAUACACCACAAAGGGAUCAGGAGAGGUGACUCAGGUCAUGAAGAGAGAAGCUGGAUAAUCAGCCUACUUAUUCUGAGAGAGUUGGGCUAAAUGAAUCAAGAGAAUGUGGGUUUCCUAAAUACUUACAAACCACAAAAAGAUAAUGUCUGUAACAUACAAACUGAAAAGAUUAUUGAAUAAAUGAUGUGGAAAUGAUCAAGUAUCUAUUUUCAGUUCCAUCCUAAAAGUA